UUCCCACCCCCCCCACCGCUUCUACUCAGUGGUUGCGCCUGCGCUUCCAACACAAACAUGGCGGCGGGAGAGGAGGCGGUUGCCAACGGCGACAACCGGCUGCACUUUAAUCUGACUGUCCCUUUCCCAUCGGCGAGGGAGGCACAGAUCGCCUUGGGAUCCCUCAGCCCGGACGCCGAGCCCAGGAAAGGAGGAAUCAGCAAAACUUUAACCGUACAAGGCUGCACACUUCAGGGCCACUGGGAGGCAGAGGAGGCCCGAAUCCUCCGGGUGUCCGUCAGCUCCUUCCUGGACCACCUCACCCUGGUGCUGGAGACCAUGGACAGAUUCGGGCCGGCCGGCUCGAGCUAGGGGUGGGGUGCUGCGGGCCACCAGUCCAGCGGUGGCCAGCUCCCAGGGGUGCUGUCAGUGGGUGAUUCGGGACGUGUGUGUGCGCGCGGCUGCCUCCCAAGCUGGAAGUGCAGACUGAUCUGCGGAGACGGCGGGGACUGGGCGGACUGCGGGAAUAAACGG